GACAUCCCCGCUCUACGACUGCGACGAGGCGUACGACGACUGGCAGAGGGUAUGGUCGGACGACAAGAUGCAGUGGUGCUGCGCUCGAGCGGCCAAGGGAUGCCAGGAGCCGACCUACGAGCUGGUGGCAGAGCAGGCCUGCCCCUCCGGCUACGCGGACAUCACGUCGGAGGAGGAGUGCAGCCGCGCCAGGGAGUCCGUGGGCACCAGCGGGUGGCGGGGCCAGGAGCUUAGCGACAGCCCGGACCGUUUGCCGUACUGCUGGGUGGGGUCUUACGGCUACGCGAACUUCAACCCCGCGGGCGACACUGGCGACAGCUGGGCGGACGCCAGGGGCGUGGUGUGCCGGGUGACUAACGGCGAUGCGUCGGAGUCGAGGGCCUCGGGGCCAUGCUCCGCCGGCGACGGGUCCGAGGCCAGCGACGUCUAUCC